AUGGUGGAUAGAAUCGGGAUAGGACCCGAAGAAAGGGAACUUAAAUUAGGAAGUUCUUUUACAAAUCCUAAAGAAUGUGCAUUUCACACAUUAAGAUAUGAUUUUAAACCAGCAAGUGUUGAUAAAAACAAAAUGGCCACAAUCGAUGUUGGCACCAAUUCUCAAAUCACAGUAUCAUUUCCUCCGAAUCUUAUAUUUAAGGGUAGUUCGAAACCAUAUUACAAACAUGGAAUCGUCAUUGUCAAUCCUGAAACUGGUGAAGUGACAUUGGAAAAACUCACGUGUAACAUUUCAGUUAAAAAAAUAAGAGCCGAGAGUAAAAAUGCACAAAAUCUAUCAAUGAUCGAUCAAUACAUUUCCGGUCAAAAACCUAAGAAAACACUUUCGAAUAAAAGUAAUAAAAGCAGUGUAAAUAAUUCUAGCAGUAGUACUAGUAGUAGUAGUAGUAGUGGUGGUGGUGGUGGUAGUAAAACAAACACGUUGAAACAUGGAAACAAAAUGAAAAAUGACACACAAUCGAACAUGAAUAAUUUGUUGCCAAUUCAUUCGAUGCAGCAGGCAGCCAGGAAUUCACCUAAUUCUCAAACAAGUAGCAGAUUUUCAACCGGUUUAUCACCAUCGAAUUCAUCACCAUCAAAACAAAUAUUAGAAGAUCAAUCCUCGGCAUUGGACGAUUGGUUCAGUUCUUUAGAUUCAAACCGAAACAAUUCGUCGAAACAAGACAAUAAGAAAAUUCCUCCGAUGCAAAAAGAAGAAAUUAAAUUGCCUCCGAGGGUUACGAACGAUGACGUCGGCGAACUUUCCGACAGCAGUUCUUCCGGUGGAUCGUCAUCAUCUGGAGAUUCAUCGGAUUCAUCAUCGGAUUCCGAAUCUCAACAGCCAAAGAAAAAAGAUAAAUUUAUUCCAGUUUGUCAAAGCGGCGGUCGAUUGGUCAACGGUUCUCCAGGUCCGGAAGAUCUUUUAAAAGAAGAUUUGCAAUUGUCCGAAAGCGGUUCCGAUUCCGACUGA